AUUUAGAAGUCUUUUCCUGAUUUAAUUACUACACAUAACAGAGUUUUGUCAUAAUGGCAGCCCUUUUUAAUUCUCUUCCUUUGACUAACAAUAUAGAAGCUAAUUCAGUCUCUAUAUCAUUCAGUCAUAACGCACAGUUUAUUAACUAUUUAAGGGUGUUUGGUUCUUUCCUUCUCAUUGAGGUGUAUACUGCAUCCAUCACAAAUCUUUGACCUGAAUAUUUUAUUGAGAAUUUGAGAGGUAACCUCUCCACUCUUUGAAUUAGUUCAAGGUCUACUCUUCUAUUUUAUAUGUUUCUGUCAACCAUAUCCUCUCUAAAAGUUGGUAUUGCUAAUUACCAAGAAAGAACCUGGAAAUGUAAUUAUUGUUGUCUUCUGAUUCUUCUUUUCCUCAACAUCCUUGAGUUCACACUUACAAGAAAGCUAGUAUAUUGUCCAAUUUGUUUGCCAUGGGACAGAAACAAGUGCAAGUUUGCGCAAAUUUCAACUUAAGUUUUGAAGAAUUUACCCAGGGAGCAGUAAGGGACUCCAUUUCAAAGCAAACCUGUUAAACUUAAAAGGAUUCAUUUUCCGGCAAAAUAAUCUGUCCAAAACUCAAUUAUAUGCAUGAUGUAUGUCUUUUUUUUUUCUUUUUUUUUCUGGAUAACAAGCAGUGAGCUGAAAGGUCUACAAUCCUAGAGUUUUACAUAACUACAGGAAAAUAAAAUAGUACAAACUAACAAACUAAAGCAAGAUGUAAAGAGAACUUAACAUGGAGACCAACUGAUUCAUAUGAAUAACUGUGUAGAUAACUGAUAUUUUCUAAAGAACCAGCCAUGUAGCAAUCAUAACUAGGAAAGGAUUUCAAUGCUUCACUAUACUAAAUUACAGGAGUUCCUUUUUUCUUUGUAUCUUCAGGCUUAGACUGUCAUUAUCUCAUUUACAGUGAUUGGACAGUUUCAGAUCAAUCUAAAUUUCAUAUACACAUCAAUGCGAAAAAUUGUAAAUUGAUAUUGGUUUUCUCAAUCAAAAUUAGCAUGCGGAUAAUAUUCUUUUUCCUUGAUUAAGUAUCAUAUACGGUAAAAAUAUAUUGUUUGAACGAGUCUUUAUGCAUUAUUUUUCGACUCAAAACCUUAUGGUUAGAAUUUAUAUCUAUAGCGUACAUAGUUUCAAGACCGGAACUCUUAUUCAACUAAAACACCAUGACAACCCUCUUCAUUUCCCUCCUGUUCCUCUCUCUCCUCCCCACCAAACCCUUUGCAUCUGCACAAUCGAAACUCGACCCAUUAACCCGCUUCUUCCAAUCCUGUCCUCCCUCCAUUUGUGGAUCCGGGCCCUCUGCCCUCCUCAUCCGCUUCCCUCUCACAUGCACCACCAUCCCCCUCACGUGCGCCUCCAACUCCGCCGCCCUCCUCCGCCUCAGCCCCACCCUCCCCCCGCUCAAAGUCACUUCCGUAGACUACAAGAACUCAGUCCUAACCGUGCUUAUCGGGUCCGAGUUUGGCUCCUUAUCCUCCCCCUGCCCGCUCCGCAACCUCACUUCUCUAUCCCUCCUCAAAACCCCAACCUUUACGCCGUACAAUCCCUUGGGAAUCAGUUUAGUGAGCUGCUCGAAGAGGCUUAGACGUGGAUCCGAUUCGAGUAUGAUUGUGGGCCCAGUUCCGUGCCUUAGCGGGUCCGAAUCGGGUCCAUUUGUGUAUGUGGCGUGUUCGGGUGAGUCGAUGGAGGUGGUUUCUGAAGGGUGUAUGGUGGUGGAGACAGGAGGUGAGAUCCCUUACCUUGGAAGCGAGUUUAGUUUUGGGGAGACCGUGAAGAGGUUUGAAGACAAGAGGGAAGUGAGCUUGAGGUGGGAUUUAGGCAGCGUUUCCAAAAUAUGUGCCGACUGUGAGGUGGGAGGAGGGAAAUGUUGGUUUGAUUUGGAGAGGAACCAGAGCUUGUGUGAAACAUCCGGCCAUCACGGUGCACGAGUGAAGCUCAUUACAGGCACAUCCCUCGGUGGAUUUCUCAUUCUUAUUGCAGUGUCCCUCGCAUUUCUCUACAUAUUAAGGCGAUCCAAAAUCGAGAUAGAAACACAUUUGAAGGUAGAAAAAUUCCUCACAUCAUACAAGACAACAAAUCCUACUCGAUACACAUAUUCUGAAAUAAAAAAAAUAACUAAAAAGUUCAAGCACAAAUUAGGCCGAGGUGGCUUUGGUAGUGUUUACAAGGGAGAGCUCCCCAAUAAAAUUCCCGUUGCAGUCAAGGUGCUAGAGAAAUCUAAAGGCGAUGCAGAAGAAUUCAUAAAUGAAGUAGCUAUAAUGGGAAGAAUUCACCAUGUCAAUAUCAUUCGCCUCUUGGGAUUUUGCUCAGAAGGUACCAACAACGCUCUUAUAUAUGAGUUCAUGCCGAACGAAUCACUUGAGAAGUUCAUCUUUUUUAGAGAAUCCAAGAGCUCUAACCGGUCAUUUAGCAUGGAAAAGAUUCAAGACAUUGCAAUUUGCAUUGCUCGAGGUAUUGAGUAUUUGCAUCAAGGGUGUGAUCAGCGUAUCCUACACUUUGACAUCAAGCCUCACAAUAUCAUGUUGGAUCAUAACUUCAACCCUAAAAUCACCGAUUUCGGUCUCGCAAAGCUCUGCUCAAGAGAUCAAAGCAUUGUAACUAUGACCGGUGCUAGAGGUACAAUGGGCUAUAUUGCACCCGAGCUCUACUCUCGAAACUUUGGAACUGUGUCAUAUAAAUCAGAUGUUUAUAGUUUUGGGAUGUUAUUGCUUGAAAUGGUGAGUGGUAAGAGAAAUGUUGAUCCCGAAUUUGAAAAUCAGCGAGAGGUUUAUUUUCCAGAAUGGGUUUAUGAUCGUUUGGUUUGCGACGAAGAUUUAGGCCUGGCGACCGAGGGGAAUGAUGGAGACCUUUUGAAGAAGCUUGGCAUUGUGGCGCUUUGGUGUAUACAGUGGAGUCCUAUGGAUCGCCCUACAAUGUCGAGGGUAGUUCAGAUGCUUAUCGGGAGCUUGGAGAGCUUGGAAAUCCCGCCGAAGCCUUUUGUUUCUUUGCCUGAUCAAGAAGAAGAUGAUGAUGUAGUAGAUGUAGAUGUUGUAGUAGAUGUAUAGUGUAAUCUCAACUGAGAAUGUUGUGACUUAAUGUAUAGUCUUUAUAUGUACUUUUUUUUCUUGUUCCUUGUAUGAUUUUACUUUCAUAGGGUUUGUACACCCAAGGCACGCAAUCAUGUAAAAGUGCUACGCUGAAGUAAGAAUGGUGUUGGUUGUUUUAUA